AUGCCACAAAGACGGGGGAAACCCGAAUCAACUCCUGACGACGAGCAGGGGGACGGCGAUGAACAGGGGGACCACCACGAGGAGAAUGACGACACCAACAUGAUGCAGACUCGACUCGGGGGUUCGGCAAGCAGCUCCGAUCCGCCCGCCCAUGUGGUUCCAGAAGGAUGCUUAGCCAUGGCCAUGGUACGGUGCCUCCUGCGGCGCAUCGCGGCGAUCCUCGCGGAGAGCCCCGAGCUGCACCUGGAACAAGCCGUGGAAAGCGUACUGCUGCUACUGGAUCCCCACAGUCAAGGGGGAGAGGCCAACGUGCUUUGGAGGGAGCACAAAAAGCGACGAGUCUCCAACGAGUUCCUCGAGGUGGAAGAGCAGCUGCGCCGCAUGGCUCGGCGCCUGCCUAGCGAACUCAACGACGAGGACCUAGCCACAGACCUUUCAGUGGGAAUCGCGACCCUCUACCAGGACCUUAGCACGUUGCUCCGAGCUACUGCAGACCAGGCGGGGCUACAAGUCACAGAGGCCGUGGAAGGCACCAGGACGGCCAUCAAGGCCAUCAGCCUAACACAAGAAGCAGCGGGCUUAGCUUUGGAGCUCCUCUACGUCCCUCCUGCAGUACAUGCCAGCAAUGUGGUGGCACUGGAAGAUGGUGGUGAGGAACAAACGGGGGGGCUCCCCCCACUGACCAGGCUCAAGUACUACCUGAAAGAGCUGGGGGCCCUUCUCCCGUUCCUGACCACCAACGAGGGGGAGCCCACAAGAAAGCUCCUAGGGCAGCUGUUACAAUGGCUACAAGGGCAGGAGCGCAGUACCUUGAUGAUAGACAGCCAGGGGAACGCAGAGACCCAAGAGACCGAUGCCCUGCCAAGCCUGUUUGGGGGUUCUCUCGAACCAGUAGACUCAGCUGCUGGGAACCUGGGGGACGCCCCGGCUGCCACUCCCCAAAGCUUGCCGACUACAGCCAAUGGGGAACCAGCCGAUACCUUGCAGCUGGAUAACCACAGCGACGGGGAGAAUCCAAGCAGAGGAAUGGACAGCCAAGAACAUGUUCCUACCCAGCCGGUGUUCUGGGGGCUACGUCGCGAGAUGGCAGAGCUAGAUGUACCUUCGUCAGCUGAGAGAGAUGCUGAGACGGAGGGAGAGCCCAGCCACGACAGUGGUCCACCAGCGACCGAAGUGGCGGAGUCACACUACCUCCGGGAACGAAGAGUUUCCGAUAGACGGCUGGCCCGCAUUGCACGCGAUUGGGGCUUGGAAUUCUACAUAGCCAAGCUGGGCAUUCGAAAAGCCUUCGACUCCAUCUACCAAGAGAGCCUAGCCGCACACGUCCAUCAGGCUAUUGGGGAAAAAGCCAAGCUUUCCUGGGAGGCCCGUGCGUGGGUGGCGGUGCUUCAUGCCCAAAACCUAUGCAUACAGGUGCCUGGGGAAAGCAUCCCUACUCGGCAGAGCAAUGGUGUGCGCCAAGGAGCACCUGAAAGCCCCGUUGCUUUCGGCUCGGUAGUGGCAGAGGGCCUGGACGCAGCAAUCCGCGAGGCCAAAAGCAGCAAGCCGGCGGACGAAACCUCACCACCCCAAGACGGGGGAAGUUACAUGGAUGACAACUAUAUCUGGUCCACGUGCCGCAAGCAUUUUCAGCAUAUGCUCUCAUGCCUGGACCAACGGCUACCUCGACGUGGACUCUUCCUGCACCCCGGGAAAACUGACAUGAUCAGCAACUCCGAGAAGAAAGUCACGUUCAAGGUUGCGGGGGAAGACGUCGCGACAAAAGGACCAAAGCAUGUUUUCCAUGUGCUCGGGAGCCCUCUCUCCUUCCAAGGGGGGACUGCCAUGCUAUUGGCGGAAGCGCAGAGCAGAGCCCGAAAGGUUUUCUGGACUGACGGGGAAUCUUUCACCUCUGCGGCCACUAUGCAGAAGCUCCAAAUCCAUGUCGUGCUGGUCCGGCAAAGUGCCCUCUGGGCCUGCCAGACAUGGCCAUGCCACAGCAGCCUUUUGAGAUCCAUCAACACCAUCCAGCUCGCCCAAGUUCGAGUUAUGCUGGGAUUGCGACGUCAACCAUGUGAAGAGUGGGCAACGUGGAACAAACGAAGCCUGCGAAGAAGCCGCCUUGCCCUCUACCACUGUGGGGGAACCCGCUGGUCUACUUUUGUGCUCUCCCAAAUCUGGACCGCCAUUGGACAUGUUAGCCGUGGCGACCCAAUCGGGGGAAAAAUCCUCCAGUGGCACAGCCUCCAAUGGUGGCAAGAGCAAAAAGACCGCGGACGACAAUUGCAGCAUGCAUCCCGCUUCAAUGCCUACAUGGACAUAGACAGACAGCUCAGCGACACAAUUGGCAAGAACUGGUUUGCCAUCGCACAAGACCGGGAAACAUGGGGGGAAUGGGAGGCUGCUUUUAUCGCGAAAUAUGACGUCCCAUGGAGUAGCGGUAAACAGAACAGCAUUGCCAACUUGGCGCCGGGGGAUCAGCAAGCCGCCGACAGAGCCUUCAUCGAGAGCAUCACAGACGGAAAACGGGGUGGGAAGCACCCACAGCAACCCGAAGCAGAAGCAGCGACCACAACAGCGACGAACCCGAACCAGCAGCAUGCGACAACAACAGCACGGGUCCCGGAUGGGGCAUUCUCGCAAGCCAAGCACAGAGUUCAACAGAGCACCACCCCGCAGAUCAAACCGAUGACGGGGGACAAAGGCCGACACCGCUGCCGAAGCACGCUUCCAAGAGGCCAUGGCACGAUUCCUGGGGAAGCCGCGACCAGCACAGCCGGGGGACCAGCACACAGCCGACCCUACAAACCCACCGGACCAGCCACAGCAAGCUCCAGCUCCACCGACAUCCACCACAGCAACUCCUCCACAACACCAACGCACAAACCAACUACACCUGCCAAGCCUCACCAACCAUACAAGCCCACAGCAGAAGAACAGUGGCAGUACGACAAUGCCCCACAGGGGCCGGCACAUGAGGAACUUGAGAUCCCAUCGAGCAUUCCACACGCCGAGGGGACCACGGUGACAUACCUGCCACUGUCACAUGGCUGCUUUGAAGUGGAAAUCACCGCAACCCACUACAUCCCGACAGCACAGACAGCCUCGGCAGGACUGCCGCCACUCCACAUUGCCCACCCUGGCCAGAGCGGGCCAGUACUCACAGCACCACCUUUUACGGUCGGCCUGGCAGGACGACUGGCCCCGAUGGGCCCACCUGACGUUUGGUUAUUUAUGGUAACCUCCACGCCUCCCCUCGACGACUUCUGGCCGGCGAGUCUCCUCGUCGCCGAUGGGGAUACCUUCAUCAUUGAGCUGACCCCGAACGGCUGGCGAAUGACCAUCGACAAGCAAGCAGAGCAACCACCGCCGGAGACCGUGCCUCACAGCUCCACAGACAACCAUGCCAUUGACCCACCCGAACCACCACCGACGCACAACAUCACUCUCACAGCUACAGACCACAUUGAGCAUUACCUCACCCGCGCACUGGCCGACUUGCUUGUGGACGACCAAACAGAAGCCGAAGUCCUCCGAACGCUCUCCUUCCUGAACUACCUGUACCUCCAGAUGCCGCUGCAGUACAAGAUCAUGCCGGGGGACACCGCGAUGCCAUGGACAAAUUCCUGGGACGAACCCGUGGAGGUCAACCAGAUGUACCACCGGCACAUCCUGCAUCGGGGGAACCACACCCAACAGCACCAACCGGUCGCGGCUGAGGAAGCCCGACCCCGCCAUGUCUACACAGAACUCGAGCAGUGGCAAUAUGACAACGCCCCACAAGGGCCGGACGACCUUGAACCACCACCUGGCAUCCCACAUGCCGAAGGCACAACAGUCACCUAUAAUCAACUCACAAACGGGUGCUGGGAAGCCGUCAUCAGCGCCGAGCUCUACAUUGAGACACCACUCGCCUUCUCACCGGGGCUGCCACCACUCCACAUGGUCCAUGUUGGCCAAAGAGGACCGGUCAUCGGGGCGCCACCACUGCCUCCGGGGACGAUCGCCCGCCUGGCCCCGAUGGGCGCACCAGACACCUGGCUGCUGAUCAUAACCUCCCUUCCCAUGCUCGACGAGUUUUGGCCACAGAGCAUGUUCGUUGUGGAGGGGGCUGGCAUGCAUAACACCGCCAGUGUUCUCCGACAAAUGGGGGGAGCGCUACAGGGUAUACAGAUGGAGCCCAGCAACCGCGAAUACUGGCUGCAACUGGUCGACGUGACCUCUUACCUCGUGGCCGUGGAAGCCGGGGAAACAGUCGCACACCCCGCGGACGUGAUUGCAGCGAACAGGGGGAUACUGCAAUCCAACCUGGCCUUGAGAGAACAGCUGGACGAGUCGCCGGGGGAGGACUUAAACAGCGUCCACGCAGCCCUCCUCGACUCCUUCGAGGCGUACCUCAAGGCGGGGGACACCCUCGAGAAAGGACCGGGGCACGCAGGGGGACUUCCAGAACAACAGCCAGCUCCUCACAAGCGCUGGCUCCAUGGUGGCUACGCGAAAAACACCAUGGGCUUGGCAAUGUGGCAGAGGCGUCUCGUACACCCACAGAACACUACGACAGCGACGAAAGCCCUGCAGAACAUCGUCGAAGACGUCUACACGGCGCCUCUAUAG